AUGACCGCAUCGCUGGAAAAGACAAUCAAGGAAGAGGAGGACAUCACAAAGGGCUCGCCGUCCUACCAUCGCCGGUCCGCGUCGUCGCAACAGGGCGUGCCCGGCCCACCCCAGCGUGACAUCUUCCAGCUCUGCGUCGCCCUCUUGACCGAUGCGACCAAUCUGCCCAUGCCCAUCCGGAUCGGCGUGUGUGACCUCAUGUCUACCAGUGUGCGUCUCUCAGACAUCAGGGCCGCGCGGGCGCCCAAGGCCAUCAAUGAGACGAGGAGCGGCGCGCCAGGCUCGCAGUCCCACCGCGCGCCCGACGCCGACCACGCCCUGGCCAACAUCGACCGGGCCAUCCUGUACCGUCUCGUCUGUGGCCUUUCAGGUCCCUUGCCACCCGAAGACAAGGAGCCGGUCAUCCCCACAAGGGACAACAUGGCAGCCACCGCUCUGCCCGCCCUCAGCUCCCAGCUCAAAGCCCUCGAUGUGCUUUCGUUUGGCGGUCGAGACGUCAUAGGUUUUCCUGGCGUCUUUGAGCUGUUAAGCGACUGGACCAAGACGACCUGGAUGGAGCUACAAGCGCUAAGAAGAAUACCUAAGGGCCGGAUGGGCGAUGAGAACGUCGACGAGGCGAGUCAGCAGACGAUCAAGCCAGCAGACGCUCUGUAUGCUUCGCAGCUCCUCGAGCAGCUUUCGCUCCGGGAGUGGUCGCUCCAAGCCAGCUUGCAUCUCAUCACAUCCAUCAUCAAGUUCUCUUCUGCCAAGUUGGAUCUCCGUCAGCUCGAAUAUAUCCUCGCCCAGGUCGCCUUCAUAUUUGCAGGGCCCUCGGCGCCUCCUGUCGUUGACGAUGCGACCGUCGAGCAGCAUUCUUCUUCAACGCCAGCCAGCCCCCGUACAAGGGCAGUCGGUAGCAAGAGCAGAUCACGGUCCAAGACCAGAGAGGCGAGACCGCUGACAGAAGGGUAUGACUACUACGGCCUUCAGGCACCCUCGCCUGACAGCAACACGCCCUCGCCCUCAGUCACACCCACGCCCAAGCUCGGACCGAAGCCAUCUGCAUCACUGGCAGAGGCGGCACCCAUUGCUCUGACGACCCUGCCCCCUUCCUCGCUGCCACCCGCUUCUUCAAACAGUGCCACGGCAGCCACCGAGGCGACAAAGGCUUCGACGGGACCCCUGCUCGAGGACUCAGAUGUCCGCUUGGUCGUCAGGCUGCUUGAUGCGCUAUUGCGGUACGGCUUCAUGCCCUUCUCGAGCGUAGACGAUGUCGUCAAGACGUUGUGUGCUAUCCUUGGCUAUCCGGUCGUCCGCACGGCACGGCAGAAGCAGGCGAGCAAGUCCGAGCUGGCACACUCCACCGCCGACGAUUGGCGAGGCCUGGCUUCGCCUAUCGUUGGAUACAUUCUCAGGAGUCACUGCGCAAAUGCGGCAUUACGAGCCGUUCGAAGUAUGCUGGCUUUGCCCGAGCAGAUCCCAGCUGCGGCGCCUCCGCCGCAGGAUGAAGACCUCGUCGUCUUGGUCGGUGCCGUCGGCUUUCUCAGGGUGGCUCUUGUCCUCGUGGCAGAAGACAAUCUCGAAAAGGCAGCAGCAGCAGCGGCUACCGCGGCUUCUUCGUCGUCGGGAGCCAAGCAACAGCAGCAACAGGCCGAUGAUGCGCUGGCCCCUUCUUUGAACCUACCUCUGCUGCUUCCUGCGCUGCGUGGCGCUCUUCGCCGCCAGUCGGACCUUCUUGACUUGGAGGUCCUCUAUCUCGUCUCCGACAUGCUUCCUGUCAAGCAGCCAUCAUCGGGCGAAAAGCAAGCCGCGCCUCUCUUGGGUGAAAAGCUGGACCCAAGCGACUGGGACGCGCUUCUUGACCUUACGGUCGUCGCGCGCAGGCAUGUGGAAGGGUGGAAGCUGCGCGGGAGCGUGCCCAAUCCUUUCGGCAGCGACGGGCAGAGCUCGAUCUCACCGAGUGACCACGCCGGUGUACCUCCUGCGGUGGCAGCCAUGCUUCACGUCUUGACUCGUCUCAGACUCACUGCGCCAGUCACGUCAACGUCUGGGCCUACGCCUUCCUCGCCCCUCGACGCCUCGAAGGCUGACGCAGGUCUGCCCUGGACACCCAAGCUGGCUGCACUGCUCCUCUCACUUGCGCCCAUCUUGCCCGACUCGAUGGUGAUCAAUCUUGUCAACUUCUACCGGGCCCAGCACCUCUGCCUGCCUUGCACGCCCGAGUGGAUCGCCAACAUUCGAUCCCUGCUUGCCGCCUUCUUCCAUCGCCACGAGCAGGCCGCGCUCGACUUUGGCUCGUUGCCUGCCCCGCAAGCGCGGCGACAUCUCGUGUCGCUGCUUUUCGAUCACGUCUACGAGGCCGUGCAGGAUUUGCCGGUGCAGCGCUCGAGCCUGAUGCUCGACAUUGUCAUUCCCUUGGCUCAGUCGGCGCUGGCGAACGAGAUCGAUAGCGAGGUCGAAAAUGCCAUCAGGAGGGUUCUCGUCGAAGCUGCUGCCGCGGCGGGUAGCCAACCUGCCUCUGCUGCUGCUGAGACGGCCGGGGAAGAGGAGAGCGACGAUGAGAGAAUCUUUACGGAGAUCUGCCAGCUGCUCUGCAAGCUAAGCCGAGCGAAGCCACAGACCAGCCCUUCGGCGCUUCCUCAUGUCUCUUUUCUUGAUCCGCCAGGGUCGCACGAGCAUCAGAGCUCGACCUCUUCCUUAUCGCGCGUCCAUUCCCAUUCGAGGUCCAACAGCGGUGUUCGAUCGGCGCUGGACUUGAUCGCCAUCUUCAAUCGCGUCGCCUUCUCCUCGCCUUGGGCUCUUCUCCCCUUCUCAGCGGCGGGCCAUGCAAAGGAAGACCGACUGGCAUGGGAAGCAAAGGCGCGAGGCUGCUGCAUCGACAUCUUUAAGCGCCUCUUGGACCUACUCGCACCUUCGCAAGAGAAAGAGCCAGCUCCCACACCCGUCCGCCUCGCUGUUCUGCAGUGGCUCAUCAGGAUCCGAACGGACCGGCAGCAUCGCGUCUACCUCGUUCGGGACCUCGAGGAUCUUGUUCGGCCCUCUGCCACGUCGCUUGGCCGCGGCCCUGUCCCAACGCCCGGCUCGGCAGCUGCGACAGAUGCUGCACAGUCGAAGGCCUCUGCCAGGGGCACAGGGACCGCCGCUCCGGCGGGAACGAAGGAGAGAGAGGCAAAUACUGCAAGACAAGGGAGGGACCAGCAACGGACACAGACAGUGGCCGAAAGGUCCAUGUCAAGGGCACGCGACACUUCUCGCGACCGCGGUCGUGCAGCGGAUAGGACCGGUGAAUCGCCCAGAGGUGGGACUGGCGCCGAACGCGAUCGCAGUAGCAGUCGGACGAGAGCUUCUGGGAACGCAGCCGGAUCCGAACCUCUGUGGCGCCUGCCCGAAGAGAUUCUCUUCGAGCUGCCAGCCUCGAGCAUUCGUAGCGACGUCGUAUAUACCUACAUGCACGAUGAGGCCGACCAGAGCUGCGGACACGCUCACUCGCACAGCGACCUCGACGACCACAAAGGGAAGAAACCUGUUCCACUACCUGUGUCCCAAUACCUGGCAACAUGCAUCGCGAUCCUGGCAAAAGAGCGCGAGUGGGACCUGGUGUCGUACCUCAUCUGCCACCUGCCUCAUCAGCUCGCCAACAAGCAUCUCUUCUGCGGGCCCAAAGCGCAGCACCAGAUCCUGGAGCUUCGCACACUGCUCGCAAAGAGCAUCCUCCAGCAGAAGCUGGUCCCGGAUGUGGUGCUGCCGGAUGACAUCAAGAAGACAGACGUGUAUGCGGUGACGUACAACACCCUCACGGUGCUCAUCAGCUAUCGGACCAUCUUUGGUCGCCUGCAGCAAGACGAGAUCGUCGAGGCGUUCAUGACGGGCCUCACCAAGUCGCAAAACACGGCCCAGCCCUGCAUUCGGGCGCUCACGGUGGCCGUGUAUGAGAUGCAGAAGUCGGUGACGAGGAUGCUGCCGUCGAUGCUCAUCAAGCUCUCGACAGUCAUGUCAUCAACGGCCAUGAGCGUUCAUAUCCUCGAGCUCAUCGCCUCGAUUGGACAUCUGCCCUCGUGUUAUGCCAACUUUACAGAGACGGACUACCGUCGCAUCUUUGGCAUCUCGCUCCAGUACAUUCGCCAUCACAUUCAGUACCAGCGCGCAGCCGAUGCGGACCGUCAGGAGCAGCAGUCGCAGCCGUCGUCGCAGCUCAAGGAGGACUUCAGGGCCAGCCCGGCGUCUUUUGCGCUGAGCCAGUACGUCAUGAUGCUGGCCUACUACAACAUCAGCCUCUGGUUCAUGACGCUCAAGACGAGCGACCGACCAAAGCACGUGGCCGAUAUCACCCGCAACUUGCUUCUCGCCAACGAAGGCGAAAGCGGCGACGAGAAGAUCUCGGAUCAGACGGAGGUCUGUUUUGAUUUCCUGGCCCGUUUCACAAACUCCAAUGCGGAGCCCAAGCCGAAAAAGUCCUUUUUGAACACAGUCGUCAUGGGUGCCCAGCAGGGCAUUGUCAAAGGGACGGCAGCGGCAAAGGAUGCCGACGGCAAGAAUCGGGCGACCAAAUCCUGGCUGAUUGGCAAGGCGCUCUUGACGAUUACGAUGCUCAAAAAGCAGGGAUGGGCAGAGGUCAUGGUGCGGAGACCUUCGGGAACGAUUGCAAUGCUCAGCAAGCUUGAGAACAGUCCCGUCAGCACGCUCAACAAGGAUGAGACGAUGCUCGACGAUUGGUCAAAGGUUGCUCUGCCAGCGAGCUUGAUGAUGGAUCGCGAUCCUGACCUCAUGAAGUCCCCGGUUCGGCUCGCGCCCUAUCUCCCUCCAUCAUCGGUCGAGGGCAGAAGGAGCUUCAGGCAACAAGCCGAAGCGAGGCUAAGGCUGGGCGACCAUCUCAGGGAAAGGAGGCCAUUGGGCCCGGGACAUUAUGGUGUGGCAAGCGUGAGGAGACCGAGGCCAGCUUCUUUCUCGGAAGAGCAAUCUUCGCAAACGCAAGCGCCUGCAGACGAGUCGGAGGCGAUCGAGGAGGUCAUGCGUGAGGUUCUCUCAGAUCCGCCUCUCCGUGCUGGGGCUCUUCAGGGUUCUGACGGAGAAGCAACGGUCAAAUCGACUGGAUUGAUCAAGGCAAACGAGUCUCAGACAGCCAAAGAUCAGACGGCGAGCAACAACGUCGAUGUCGACCCAAGCUUCUUGGCGAUCCAACUCUCUUCAUACCCUGACGUCUCGAGCGAGUCUCCUCCACUCCUCUUACCCAAUGACGCGGCAACGGAGAGGAUGAUUCGCGCAAUUGACUUGACGCCUGUUGUCGACUUCCACAAGAUCGGUGUCCUCUAUGUUGGACCAGGGCAAACGACAGAGGUGGAGAUCCUGGGCAACCAGCGAGGGUCGCCGGCCUAUACGAGAUUCUUGGCAGGCUUGGGUGACCUCGUCACCCUUCGAGGUCAAGAAGACGUGUACACCGGGGGGCUCGACCGGCACAAUGACGAGCACGGCAAGUAUGCCUACGUAUGGUCCGACGACAUCUCGCAGAUCGUCUACCACACCGCCACCAUGAUGCCGAAUCGACCCAGCGCUGAGGAUCCGAACCACAGCAACAAGAAGGCUCUGAUCGGAAAUGACUGGGUCCACGUCGUCUUUAACGAAGCAGGCGGUGGCGUCGAAUAUGGCUUUGGGACGAUCAAGAGCCAGUUCAACUUUGUCAACAUUGUCAUCAGCCCGGACUCGAGGGGCGGUGCGAACCUGGGCAGCGUCAACCCCGACGACAUGACUUUCUACCGAGUCUCGUUGCAGUGCCGACCCGAGAUCCCGACGUUUGGGCCCAUCGGAGACGGACAGCUCGUCAGCGCGGCCGCUUUGCCCGACUUUGUGCGCAUCAUCGCCCUGAAUUCGAACCUCGUCAGCCAGAUCAGCCAGGCAACGGGUGACGCGAUGCGGCCCUACGAGAGCAACUGGGUCUCUCGCCUGCAUCACCUCGAGCGCACCCGCGCAAAGAUCGAGACGCAGCUCAAGAAGCGAAGGGAGGAAAAGGAGGCACAGGGGCUCGAUGCAAGUGCGACAAGGAGCCGCUACGAUGUUUCGAGGUUCUGA